CUUCGAUUGUACGUAACACAUGUCGACUACCCGUGAUGAUUGGCACGGCAGCAUCAAAAUUCCCGAAUGCCGCUGUAACCUGUCACAAUACAUUCCGAUCCUCUUGUCGUUGUCUGUCCCUCGUGCCGCCGGGAAACGUUGAGCGCCAAGUAUUCCCAUUGCCUUUAGUGAUUCCACCGUCCACGUCGUGACAGCAAGCAAGCAACGCCCCCCCAACUUACCUCGGCACCCGUGGCCCAGUCUCGUACCGUAGGACCUUGCCGACCACUUCACACCCAACCGCGUCCCCAUCCACCACCCCUCGUAUCGUCCCCCUUACUCACGACGAUGGAGUUCAUGUCCAACAUCAGCGGCCUCGACGAGGGAAAGCCCUCGCUCUUCGAGCUACUAUCGGAAACGCAGCUACGCGAGCUCCUAGAACCAUCGCUACGCUACCUCCUGGGCGUCGUGACCCAGCGCCACCCGCGAUACCUGAUCCGCAUCUUCAAUCGCUACGAUGAGGUGUACGCGCUUCUCAUGCUGCUCGUGGAGCGCCAUUACCUCGCGCGUUGGGGCGGGUCGUUCACCGAGAACUUUUACGGGCUGAAGAGGGAGCGGGUUAUUGCUGCGCAGGUGCCGAGGGCGCAGAGGGUUGUGCCACAGCUUGUCGCAGAGAGCACCAGGUUGAAGAGGGGCGAUGUUUGGAAGAGUCUUUUCGUUGUCGUUGGCGUGCCGUAUCUGAAGCGCAAGCUCGACGAUGCGUAUGAGAACUUUGCCGGUGGUGCGGCGGCAAACGUGUUGGGCUCGGGUUACCGAAGAGAUGAGCUCUCCGAUACCGCCACACCUCGCGAGAAGUUCGUCUACUACCUCAAGGCGCUCCUGCGAGCCGUAUACCCCCACAUCAAUGCGAUAUACUAUUGGUCCAAUCUCGUGUUCAACAUGGCCUACCUCUUCGAUAAAUCGCAAUACCACAGUCCUCUAGACUUCCUGGUCGGCAUCCGAAUGCGACGGUUGACCGAAGCCGACCACCGCGCCUUUGAAGCCGCCACCGCCCCACGCAAAAAAUCCUCCAACGCCCCAUUCACAGCGCGGUCGCUCCUGACGCCGUCAAUAAUCACGCGCAUCCUGCUCCCCAAGAUUCUCGACUCUCUCAAAGUCCUGCUCCCAACAUCCAUCUUCUUCCUCAAAUUCCUCGAAUGGUGGCACGCCUCUGACUUCGCACGGCAACUAUCUGCCAAAACCGCCGCGUCCAUCGAGCUUCCCCCACCAAAACCUGUGCGCCCACCGGUCCACGUCGACGAGGAAAUCCCCGAAGACGACGCCGUCGCCAAGAGCCUCGUCAAGAUCCUUCCCGAGGCCGAGGGCGCGUGUCCCGUGUGCGAACGGGAGAUUACGAACCCGACUGCUGUGCAGACGGGCUACGUCUUUUGCUAUCCGUGCGUGUUUAGGUGGGUGCAGGAUGGCAUCGGGAAGGAUGGGCUGGAGGACGGCGCCGAAGCUAGGGUCGGCAGGUGUCCUGUCACAGGUGUUAGGUUGCUCGGCGGCGCGGAGGGCCUCAGGAGAUUGAUGAUAUAGGUUUUUGGACAGUUUUUGGGUAG